GUUCACCGUACUGGACUCGGUCUUCCACAAAUGACGUAUGUGUACAAAGGUCACAUGACACACCCGAUCGUUUUACUUCCUGACUUUAAUUCAUUUUUAUUCGAAUGUUUUUAAAAUUAUAUGACUUUAAAUGCUAAACGCUGGUAAGGUUUUCUGUGCGGGUCGACUUUUCGUUAAAAUAUAAAAAGAGAACAAAGCAAGCCGUUUGUUAGCAAGUAGGCUACGGAAGCAGCAACCGGUUCCUAACGUCAGCUAGCUGCUUGUUAGCUGCAGCUGACAGCUGUUUUUCCAACUCGUUGUUUGUCCUGCGAGGUUGUUCAUCAAAGCUUCACUUUGUUCACCAGUCAUGGCUAAGCUACUGUCGAUGCAAAGUUUGGCGUCUUUGAGGAAACCUGCUGGGUUUGUUCAUUCCAGAGUGACUUCAUUGGGAUUUACGAAACGAAACUACAGCAGCAAAAAUGAGUCUUCAUCGUCAGAAUACUUGCAAAAAAGCAUUGUGCCAAGCAUGCACUAUCAGAAGAGUUUACCCAGGUUGCGUAUCCCAAAGCUAGAGGACACCAUCAGGAGGUAUUUAGCCGCUCAAAAGCCUCUUUUAGACGACGAUCACUUUCAAACCACAGAAAAACUGGCUCAAGACUUUUUGACUGGAGAGGGUAAAAGCUUGCAAGAGGAUCUGGUGGCUCAGGACAAAAGCAAUAAUCAUACCAGCUACAUUUCCGGUCCGUGGUUCGACAUGUACCUGUCUGCACGUGAGUCAGUGGUGCUAAACUUUAAUCCCUUCAUGUCAUUCAAUCCCGACCCCAAAAGCGAGUACAACAACCAGCUAGUGCGAGCAAGCAACAUUGUGUGCUCGGCUGUGCGUUUCAUGAAAACGCUCCGAGCUGGACUGCUGGAGCCGGAAGUUUUCCACCUCAACCCGGCAAAGAGUGACACAGAUGCCUUCAAAAAGCUAAUUCGCUGGGUGCCCUCCUCCCUGUCCUGGUACGGCGCCUUCAUGGUCAACGCCUACCCACUGGACAUGUCUCAGUACUUCCGCCUCUUCAACUCCAGCCGCAUUCCCAAGCAAGGACGUGACGAGCUUUUCACCGACAAUAAAGGGCGACACCUGCUUGUGAUGAGGAAAGGCAACAUGUACGUGUUUGACAUUGUGGACCACAACGGCAAUUUGGUGGCACCCACUGAGAUACAAUCCCACUUGAAGUACAUUUUGUCUGACACGACGCCAGCGCCGGCCUUCCCUCUCGGAGUGCUGACCAGUGAGAACAGGAAUGUGUGGGCGCACCUUCGAGACAAGCUGAUAGCUGCCGGGAACGCAGAAGAUUUGCGGACUGUCGACAGCGCCAUUUUCUGCCUGUGCCUGGAUGACGUAAGCCUCAGCGAUCCUGUGCAUGUGUCACAUAACAUGCUGCAUGGAGACGGCUGCAACCGCUGGUACGACAAGUCCUUCAGCAUCAUCAUAGCUCAGGACGGACAAACUGCCAUCAACUUUGAGCACUCAUGGGGGGAUGGCGUGGCAGUGCUCCGCUUCCUGAACGAAAUCUUCAAAGACACCACAAAGAAGCCACUGGUGCACCCGGGCUCUGCCCCUGCCGCCGAUUCUGCAUCUGCUGUGCGCCGUCUGAACUUCAAGCUGGACAGCGAGCUGAAAGAUGGCAUCCAGAAGGCCAAAGCUAACUUUGACUCAGCCGUGUCCAAGCUCACCAUCGACGCCAUGCAGUUCAAAAGUGGCGGCAAGGAGCAGCUGAAGAAGAGCAAGCUGAGUCCGGAUGCCAUCGCCCAGCUGGCCUUUCAAAUGGGCUUCCUGAGGCAGUACGGCCAGACGGUCGCCACCUACGAGUCCUGCAGCACAGCCGCCUUCAAACACGGACGCACGGAGACCAUCCGUCCUGCCACUGCCUUUACCAAACGAUGUUCACAUGCCUUUGUUCGUGAGGCAGGGAAGCACAGCGUGGCGGAGCUGCAAGCCAUGCUCGACCAGUGCUCAAAAUAUCACGGGCAGCUCACCAAGGAGGCCGCUAUGGGUCAGGGUUUUGACCGCCAUCUGUUUGCCCUGCGUUACCUGGCUAUGUCCAAAGGUCAGCCUCUGCAUAGCCUGUACACUGACCCGGCCUACGCUGCCAUCAACCACAACAUCCUAUCCACCAGCACCCUCACCAGUCCCGCCGUCAGCAUUGGAGGCUUUGCCCCAGUGGUACCAGAUGGGUUUGGUGUGGGCUACGGCGUUCAUGACGACUGGAUAGGCUGCAACGUUAGCAGCUACCCAGCUCGGGAUGUGCACCACUUUCUUGAGUGUGUGCUCAAAUCUCUGGAGGACAUUUUCUCCGUUGUGGAGGGAAAGUCGCUCAGCUGAGGUUUGCUUGUCGUGAAGAACCUUUUCUGAUACAUUCAGUCACAAUGCAGUCAAAUUCUGAGCUUAAAAUAUGUCAGGCCAACAACUGAACAUCAACUCCAAGAGUUUCACCAUGUGUGCGCGAGUGAAAAAUGCAAAAGUCACACUGGUCCAUGUUACAUGCAUGAGAUCUUGGUCACAUGGCUGAGAUUGAUAGCAUGUAAUGCCUUAUCAGAAACAUUUUUCUUCUCCAGAAUCAUGUCAUUAAAUGUGUCAAUAGGACAUAUCAUCUGUUUGUAUAAAUGAUUAAACGCAAUAGACUUAA